CUCUCCUGGUCUUCGAUGCCUCGAACAAAUCCCGCCCCCAGGUUCGCGCCCUUUCCUGGCCUGAACCGUCCGCCCUCGGACCGGCGCUGCUCACCACCCCGCCCGGGCCGUCCGAGUAUCCGGGCCCUGAUUGGUCCGAUGCUGCCCCGCCCACCACUCCGCGGCAGUCCCACCCCCACCACCAGAUUGGUUGCUUUGCCGGCGGUGACCCCCGUGGAGGGAUCCGGGUUCCGGUGCCGGGUCACACUCCGUGCCGUGUGCCCGAGGUCAGCCGCCAUGCUGACGGUGUUCGCCCGGCUCCUCGGCUCCGCCGCCCGGAUCGGCCCCCGGGCCGUCCCGCUGCCUCACCUCUCCUUCCUGCGGCAGGCGGCCGGCAGCCCCGGGGCCCGCGGCCUCGCCCGCUCCAUGUGGCUCCUCUGCAGCUCCGGCCUGAGGCGGGGGCCGCUGGGCGCCGGCCGGCCCCUCAACGGCGCGUCGUGCGGCUGCGGGGGGCUGCACACCGAGGGUGACAAGGCAUUUGCAGAAUUCCUGACAGAUGAAAUCAAAGAGGAAAAGAAAAUUCAAAAGAGUACCACGCUGCCCAAAGUCUCCGGAGGCUGGGAGAUCGGGUUGAAUGGGACAGAAGCUAAACUUGUACGAAAAGUUGAAGGUGAAAGGAUCACAGUCAGUUUUAAUAUUAACAACAGUAUUCCACCAACAAUGGAAGAGGCUCCACAGGAAGGACAGAAGGAUGCUGAGAAUGAGCCUGAAAUUAUCUCAACCCCAAACUUUGUUGUUGAAGUGACCAAGCUGUCGAAUAACCGAAGCCUGGUGUUUGACUGCCACUAUCCCGAAGAUGAGGUUGGUCAUGGUGAGGAGGACGAGAGUGACAUAUUUGCCAUCAGGGAAGUCAGCUUUCAGCCCACUGGAGAGGAUGAUUGGAAGGAUACCAGCUAUACCCUUAACACAGAUUCCCUAGACUGGGCCCUCUAUGACCAUCUGAUGGACUUCCUGACUGACCGUGGGAUCGAUAACACGUUUGCUGAUGAACUUGUUGAGCUGAGCACUGCCUUAGAACACCAGGAGUACAUCAAGUUCCUUGAAAAUUUGAAUGGUUUUAUCAAGUGCUAAUCAUUUCCCAUCUCCCAGCUUUUUGACAGAUGGCUUCAUAAUGGUCAGAAUGUUCACAGGCUUGAAAUUAUUUUACAAUAGACUUUGUACAAAGGUAUUCUCCAGUACUGAAAGGUGUAAUUGGCUUCUUUAUUAUGUAAAAGUCAUUUGUGAUGCUGCAACAGCCAAAAUAAUGUCUCUAAACUGUACAUUGAUUGUGGAAGUGUUACCCAAAAAAGUGGGCACAUGAACCAAUUUGUUUCUUGUUUAUGUGGUAACUAAAUUAAGGUGUUCCCAGGAAGGAAGAUGCUGUCCUGAAUAAACAUGUCAGAAUGAA